AUGACGCCGCGCCGCGACGACGCGGCGUCGCCGAAGCGCGCGAAACGCGCGGUGGAGUGGGACGAGGCGAACCUGGCGAAAAACUUUGCCGAGCGGAGCGCGACGAUGAAGAUCGAGGAGAUCGAGACGCCGUGGCACAGCCCGCCGAGGGAACUGUUUCAUGACCUGCGCGCGGAGGACGAGGGGGAGGUGGCGCGGCGGGAGCGGGCGCACGAGGAGGUGAUGCGGCGACUCGAGGCGUUGAUUCGAGCGGACGCGCGAGGCGAGACGUCGACGCCGCCGACGACGAAGGAUGCGGACGCGACGAUGGGGGACGAGGGAAGCGAGGAUGGGACGUCGAGGGUGGCGUUUCACGAUCCGGACGCGAGGGACGAGGAUUUCGAGGACGACGCGGAGGAGGUGGUGAAGAAGAGACUGUUCGACGCGAAGCGAAAGGCGUUUCAGUGCAAGGGACGGGCGACGGCGAGGUUUCUCGCGGACGAGGCGGGCGAUUGA